UCCUCCAUUUCUCCAUAGCAGCACCAAGGUUUAGAGAGUAAAAAAAAAAAAAAAAAAAGAUGGUAUCAGGUUCAGGGAUUAGUGCAAGGAGAAUAGUGGUGGAUGCACGUCACCACAUGUUGGGAAGACUUUCAUCCAUUUUAGCUAAGGAAUUGUUGAAUGGACAAAGAGUUAUUGUUGUUAGAUGUGAAGAGAUUUGUCUGUCUGGUGGACUUGUGAGACAGAAAAUGAAGUAUCUUAGGUUUCUUAGGAAAAGAAUGAAUACUAAACCAUCUCAUGGUCCUAUUCAUUUUCGUGCUCCUUCUAAAAUCCUUUGGCGUACUAUCCGUGGGAUGAUUCCCCACAAGACCAAGCGCGGAGCAGCUGCACUUGCCCGCUUGAAGGUUUAUGAGGGUGUCCCACCCCCAUACGACAAGAUCAAGAGGAUGGUUAUUCCAGAUGCUCUAAAGGUAUUGAGGCUCCAAGCUGGACACAAGUACUGUCUCUUGGGCAAGCUUUCAUCAGAGGUUGGAUGGAACCAUUAUGAUACUAUCAAGGAACUUGAGAACAAGAGGAAGGAGAGAGCUCAGGUAGCAUAUGAGAGGAGAAAGCAGUUGGCAAAACUUAGAGUAAAGGCUGAGAAAGCUGCUGAGGAGAAGCUUGGACCUCAACUCGCCGUUAUUGCUCCAAUCAAGUAUUGAAGUGGGACAUAGUCACAUUUGAAGUACAAUUUUGUUGAAGAUUGAUAAUUCAUCUUAAUCUCACCUUUUUCUAGUUAUCCUGAGUGGUGUAUUUUCAGUUUAACAGUGUUUGAGUAGACUCUUUAUCUUUCAUUGUUUUGGUGAUGAAAUUGAAUCUCGUGCUUUUAGUGAUACGGGUGUUAUCUCGUUUA